AUGCGUCGGUCUCGUUUGCAAAAUUCGGAUGACUCCGGAUCGGACUUGUCUAUUGCUUUUGGACUUGAUGGAGUUCCACGCUGCUCCACGACUCGCAAGCAACAGAAGCACUUAGAUAAAUCAAAGAAUGCAGACGGAAUUAACGACAACGAAGAUGAAGACGUUGUUGCUGUUUGUCCAGCAAAUCCUUCAAUUAGGAACGGACUGUUACCGACGUUGCCGUGUCCACAAGAACCAGUGUUUCCACUAGAUCCAGAGUGUCCACCAGGCCCAGCGUGUGCAGUAGAACCGGAGUGUCCACUAGAACCAACAAGUUCAAAGCGCCGCAAGCAAUCGAAUCCUUUCAGACGAGCGCAGAAGUUCAAACGCGAAGUUCGUCUGCUGCAGCGUACACCUAAUUUUAUGAUUCCACGCAUAUCCUUUGGCCGGGUGGUUCGCGAGAUUAUGCUGGAGAGGUGUGACUGUGAGCCGCAUUUUCGCAUCACAAUGGGCGCCUUGGAGGCGCUGCAAACGGCGACAGAGAUGUUCUUGACGCAACGCUUCCAGGACUCCUAUAUGAUGACCAUGCACCGCCAGCGGGUCACCCUGGAGCUGCGUGACAUGGCCCUUAUGGCAUUCAUAUGUAAGCAGCACGGGCUGCUAUGA